AUGGCUAGAACAAAACAAGCGACAUAUCAAUCUAAAAUAACAACAACAACAGAUGGUCAAAAGACACGGUUACCAUUGGCGUUAAAACCGACCAGUAACACAACAUUAGUUUCACAUUUAACAGCCAUGGAUCAACCAUUAUCGAAGACAUCGAACAAUGCUAAUAUCAACUCAACAUUUUCAAAAAAUAGUUCAUCAUCAAACAUGACAACUGAUGAUGGUACAAGUCAAACAUCAUCUAUAACUAAUCAAACUCGAUUAUCUACAACUAUUUCCUCUUCAUCAAAAACUAUUACAGCAUCGUCUUAUGAAACCGAAUUAGCUUCAACAUUAGUAAAAGGAAAAAAAGGAAAAACAAAAACAAAAUCAAAAGCAAAAAUUAUUGAUUGUGAACUCAAUUUAAAGGAUAACAAUCAAAACGAUGACGAUGCACAUUAUGAUCUCCGUACUUCCAUAGAAGAAAGCGGCGGUAUUCAUAAAUUUUUAAAUACUCCCUGUAUGAUACUUUACAAGAAAAAUUUGAAAAAUCAAAAUAUAGGUACAGCAAGUGCUCGUGGCAACUCUGAUAAUAUGAAAGAUGACGAAAACGAUUCCGAACCAUAUUUUGAUGAAGCAUCUGAUGAAGAAAUAGAAGAAAUAAAUGCUUCAACUAGUGGUACACGAAAAAGAUUUAUACAAUGGAAAGGAGGGUCAAAAAAUUGUGGUACAUAUGUUUAUUAUAAUAAAUUCGACGAAGUAAAAGAAUGUGUUAAUAAUAUUUUAAGCUAUGGUCGGGAGCAUGGGACAUUAUUAUCAGGGGUUCAGUUGAAAACUCUCAUGGAUAUUGAAAAUGUAGAAAUCACAAAAGAUCGAGCCAAUGUUCUUGUUAAACUUGUUAGUAGUUGUGUUGAUGUUGUUCCAAAUCCACAUUUUGUUUCUCCAACAGCAAAACGACCAGUGUAUGAGUACUAUGGGUUAGAAUUUCAGUUAGCUGUAGUAGAAUCGAGCAAAUCAAUACCAAUUCCAACCGAAAUAUUAGCACAAUACAAAAGAGAAAAAGAGAAAGAGAACGAAGGUGAUCGUCAUGAAAAAAGUCACAAUAGUCACGAAACAGAAGACAAUGAUUUUACAAAUGAUGAUAUCAAUAUAGAAAGUCAUACUGUAAUUUCUAGUAGUGUAAUUAAUGAAGAAGUCGUUAUUAAUGAUAACAUUACAUUGUCAUUAAUUCACUCAACUGAAGAUAACAAUAGUAAAACUACUGAUAAUGAUAAUGUGAAUGUUGAUGUUAUUACAAAACAGGUAGAAACACCAGCUACAAGUUUGAUGACAUCAUCGUCUCCUCUUGUUCGUGAUAAAAUUGAUUAUUCAAAUACAACUGAUACAACUGCAAGUGAUUUGGAGUUGCUAGUUCAUGAUUCGAAACAAAGUGCAACAUCAUCAUUACCGUUAUCGUCUGUAGCUCCUGAAGUUUCUUCAUGCAAUCAAACAUCGUCCGCUAAUGUUUCUCAUUCAAAUCCACAUCAGCAAUCAAAUUCGGUAGAAUAUACUACCGAGGAUGAAGCACCAUUACAGGAAAGAAUGACACCACUACGAUCUAAUAGUAAAGCUGCCAGAACUGCAAAUGUUCGUGUUAAGCGAGUGCCAUCAAAACGGCGUCAGUCAAUUGCAUUACGUUCUAAAACAAAAAUGAAACAACAACAACCAUUGUCUGAUAUCACCCAUUCUAAACGUAAAGAAGACGACGAAGAAGCUGCUAUAACUCCAUCUAUUACUUCAAAAAAGAAAAAAAAAUUGAAUGGUGAUGGUACAUCUACAAUGUCUCAUCAAACUUUACCAAAAAUAUCAAAGAAAAAACCAAAGCCUUUAAAAUAA